UUCAGCCAGGUCCUAACAGGUUCCUAACAGGCCAUGGACCAUUAGUUCCCGGUCCACAGCCCAGGGGUUGGGGGCCCCUGUAACGGAAAAGCAAAUGGGUAUGGUUAUGUAGAUUUUUAUGAGCUGGAGAUUUUAUUUACGUUUCAGUGACUGAGGUUAAUACCAAAAUCAAAGGCAGUUCUAUCAGAGCUACUUUAUCCUGGCUGAGUGAUUCCCAAGCUAGGGGUGUGCAUCAGAAUCACCUGGAGGGCUUGUUGGCCCCACCCACGGAGUUUCUGAUUCAGUAAAUCUGAGAUGGAACCAGGGAAUUUGCAUGUCUAACAAUUUCCUGGAUGAUUCUGAGGCUGCUGGCCUAGGGAUCAUACCUGGAAAACCGCCGUCCACAGGUCUUUCAAAGUAUGGUCCCCAGACCAGCGACCUGGGUAUCACCUGGGAGGAGUUAGCAAUGCAGAAUCUUGAAUCCCUGUCCCAGACACACUGAACCUGAACCUACAGUGUAACAAGAUCCCUGGAUGUUUCCUAUACACAUUAAAGGUUGGGAGACAACACUCCAAGGCAGUGCUUCCCAGACUUGCCAAUCAAAGGGAUCUCUUGGAGUGUUUAAAAUUCAGGUUCCCAGGCUGUUCCUCUUGGAUUCAGAUGUGGGAGGAUCCCAGGAAUCUGAUACUAACAAGCCCCUCACGUGAUUAUUAUGAUCAGGCAAGCAUGGGAAACUCCUGCUAAAAUUUACCAAGGUCUUGUGUUCCUCGGGCAAGACCAAGCCGUAAAGCCAGAGAAAAACCUCUCCCUCAAGGAUCAUGACCAGGCAGCCACUUCUUCCCCAGAAACAGGAACUUGAGGAAGGUGGCUCCUCGAUGAUCUGUGAUGCCGUCAGAGGAAAUAGGUGGUUGUGAGAACCACAGAGCCUGCAGACGUGAGCCGGGAGCUCCAAGGACCCUAUGACUGCUCACAGAGCUCUGGGCCAUCUUCUCAGACCCAACUGUGCUUGGGAGGACCGCCCGGUCGGGGGUCUCUAAGGAGCAAGGGACUCUUGUUCCAUCCCAUGUUACAAACUGCUGACCACAGGCAGAUGCGGAGCUACCCAAAGCGAUACCGAGAGCCUCUCCCUGAAGAUUCUCCCAGGCCAAGAGGGUCCUGGAUAUCCUAGAACUAAGGAUGUUGGCAGACUUCCAGAUGGACCCCCCAAAGCCCUAACAUCUUCAGCCAAAGCAUGCAUCUUAGCUGAGCCCCCACCCCAAGCCUCUGAUGACAGGAAACCAGUAAGUAUGCUUGCUUUUGUUUUUUGGUUUGGGACUGUGAGUGGGCUUCAAAGUUGGAAAACAAGCUCAAGGAGAAAGGAGAGACUGGGAGUGGGCUUCAAAGUUGGAAAACAAGCUCAAGGAGAAAGGGGAGUGGUUCUGCUGAGGCUGUAAGAGGGGUGAUUUCUGAAUGUCCCUGAAGGAACCGAGGCUUCCCCUCUCCACCUUUGACUGUCCUCUGGAGAAUUACAUUGUUCCCUCCUGCUUGUCUGCAUGCCUGGUCUGGUCUCAUCUCAGUUACCAAGUUGCUGUGUGACUUUGGACACUCCCAGGUCCCUAACCUUCCAACGCUAGUGAAUGAGAGGAGUCUGGAUUAUAAUCUCAAACACUUUCAGCUCUAGCGUCCAUCGGUUCCUCUCAAAAGGGUAAUAUUUCUUAGUUGAAGAGGGAGGUCACCCUUUAGCUCAAUCUAAAUUCAUUACUCUUACUCCACUGCUAAGAAAUUCUUUCGAAACACAAAAACAUGGAUUGUAGACCCAGCUCUACAACCAGCUAUAUAACGGUGAGCACGAGGUCGCCCUCUCUGGGCCCUGGUUCUUGUAUCUGAAAUGGGAUUCAAACUUUGCCGACCUUCAAAGAUUCAAGUGAGGUGAUCAAAAUACAUUUGUGGGCAGUGUACUGAUUUUAGCUGCCUUUUACUAACUCUUCCACCUACUGGCCCAGGGCCCCUAGAAAGUGCCUAACACAUAGUAAGUUGUUUAAAUACUUAUGUAAUUAAUGAUUAGGUUCUCUCAAAAGUUUGGGCCCAUACCUUCUCAUCCUAGGCCUGCCCACCCCAUGGUCUUAAUUUUGCCCUCCAGGAGGCUUCCUGGCCAGACCAGGUGAAGGGAGCCAGCAGAGAGUGCUGGGGGCUUCCAGCCUGAGUACAGUUCUACCUUCUUCGGGCCCAUCCCCCAGCUCCACCUGCUACGUGAAGAAGUUUCUGGGUUUAGUGCAGUUGGUGAUUGUGGUGACUUUGUCUUGCUGAAGGAGGAGAAAGGAAACCUUUACUGAGCACCCACUCUGUGCCAGGUUCUGCGACGCCCUCUCCACACACAUAAAGCCCUGUAGACUUGGUAUUAUCCCUGAUUUACAGAUGAGACUCAGAAAGGUUACAUGCUUUUCCUGAGAUCACACAGCUCCAGGUUGGUCUGAAUUAUUCAUGCUACCCAGGAAAGAUCUCCUCUGGGAUUUUUUGGAUAUCUGCACAGUUAAGCAUAGAGCCUGUACUUCAUAUCCAUGGGGAGAAGAAAGGCUGGGGAGCAGCCUAAGUGUCGAAACGUGACCUAAAUUGGGAUGCCCAGGCAGUGAGAGAAUCAGAGACCUGCGGAGGCAGCAGCACCAUCUCAGGCUGCCAACGCUUCGAGAUCCCAAAGUCUGAACAGGAAGUGGCUGUCAGGAGCCAUUUCCUAAAGGUGGAUUUUGUGUUGAAGAGCCCCUGUCCCAUGAAUGCUGACCUGCCCAUGGGAGGCAGCAACAAACAAGCACUGUCAUCCCCAUGUCAGUGACUCGAGACUGCAGAAUAGAGCAUAAGCCCCUUGCACAGUCCUUCCCUCCUCUAAGGCAGGCUCUUCACUCCUCAGGCAGGAUAGGCUGUGAGGCCGUGGAAGUCACUCCAUGAUCAUGACAGACACCCAUCCUCACCCAGGUGUGGCGAAGGGUUCGAAGGCCAGCAUGGAGUAUGCUAUGUCACCAAACUAGUGUAAUUAUGCCUUAUGAAACCCUUUGAAAGAAUGAAACCACCUCCCCGAAACAUUUUAAAAUUGUGUUGGGAAAAAUCAGCAUUACCCUGGAAACCAGGGAAUCUAAAUUAUUCUAAGGAUAAGACACCUGCCCAAAGAGCUAAUAAUUUUGUCCAUUUAGUUAAUAUGCAUUGAGUGCCUUCUAUGGGCCAAAUACUUCAUGAAAUGUUUAAGAAAUGGGUAAAAAGAGACCCUGUACUCAUUGAGCUGUGGAAUAACCUCAGAUUAAACAAAUAAAAGCUUUAAUAAAUGAAUAAUUAGAAUGGAAAGGGACACAACAGGGAGCCAAGGGAGAGAAAAGGGAAGGCUCCCAGGAGCAGCCUCUGGUGAAGUGACCGGGCAUGAUAAAGGAAAAGCAGGCCCUGGCCAGGCUUCCCACAUGCAUUCCCUCUAAGACUCACAUGCUGAGUAUUGUUAUCCCCAUUUUUCAGAUGAGGAAAUGGAGGCAAAAAGAGGGUAGUGGCUCAACAGCCAAUCUUCCAAAGCCUUGCAAGUCAUCACUAUGUCCCAGAGUCUUCCAGUCAUUUUACUUUGCCCUGUGACACCAAUACAGUAUGCUCAGUGUCACCUUAGCUUAUUGUGAUACCAGCUCCCAAGCCCCCUCAGAUCCCCCUUGUCCACCUGUAGUCAUGGGUCCUGGUGUGCCCGGAGUGAACUCUGUCUGGUCAUUGUCCCCUGUCACUCAGUGGCAGAAUGUGACCCCGGGUCAGGAAUGGUUCUGAGAAGGCCAUCGGAAUGAUCAGCAAGGGCUUGGGGAUUCAGGAAAGCUUCCUAGGGAAGGAUGGGAUUGAGACGGGCCCAAAGGAGAAAAGGGGUAUUCCAGCCAAUAGGAGGGUGCACCAUACACACAAAGGCCCAGAAACAGAACUGAGCAUGGCUAUGGCAGUGAAAAGAUGUGAUGCAGAGAAAACAGGUGCAGUUUGCAGAGAGCCUUCAGGGUCUGGAGAAGGGGCUGGAGCCUGAUCCUGAUGGGAGGGAGAUCAUUUGUAUGCCUCGACAUGGAGGUCAGCAGGGCUGAACCAGGGUGGGAAGGUGUUUGGGGAUCAGGCCUUAAACCACAGCUCUUUCCCCAUCAUAGCAUCUCUUUCAGAUUUCUCUUGAUGAGGUGCUUCUGCAAAUCCUGCUGAGGAACAAUGGGAAGUCAGCCCAGCAGAGGGAAAACCCUGCCAAGCCCAAGCUCAAGCCCCUCUGUCCAAGGCCAGGGCCCUGUGCCCAUGCAAGCAGAGAGGAGCAAGGUCACAGCCGUGGCCCUGGGCAGUUUCCCAGUAGGCGAGCAGCCAGAUCUGUCACUGAGACUGGGGGAGCCACUGACCAUCAUCUCUGAGGACGGAGACUGGUGGACAGUGCUGUCAGAGGUCUCAGGCAGAGAGUACAGCAUCCCCAGCAACCACGUGGCCAAAAUCUCCUAUGGGUGGCUGUAUGAGGGCCUGAGCAGGGAGAAAGCUGAGGAACUGCUGCUGCUGCCUGGAAACUCUGGAGGGGCCUUCCUCAUCCGGGAGAGCCAGACCAGGACAGGCUGUUACUCCUUGUCAGUCCGCCUCAGCCGCCCUGCAUCCUGGGACCGGAUCAGACACUACAGGAUCCAGUGCCUUGACAAUGGCUGGCUGUACAUCUCGCCACGCCUUACUUUCCCCUCACUCCAGGCCCUGGUGGACCAUUACUCUGAGCUGGCGGAUGACAUCUGCUGCCUCCUCAAGAAGCCCUGUGUCGUGCAGAGAGAUGGCCCAGUCCCUGGCAACAACAUACCUCUACCUGUGACUGUGCAGCAAACACCACUCAAUUGGAAAGAGCUGGACAGCUCCCUCUUGUUCUCUGAAGCAUCUGCCAUAGGAGAGGCAUCUCUCCUCAGCGAGGGGAUCCGGGAAGCCCUCACCUCCUACAUUACCCUAACUGAUGAUGUUUCCUUGGAUGAUAUCAAAGCUCCAAGCAGAGGCCAAAAGGGGAACCAAGGCUGCAGCACCUAGAACCCCAACUCAUCUCAGCCUGAGCACCCCCAAGGCAAGGCGUACACUGAGGGGAGGGCAGGGGCCCAGAGCACAUUCAGGGUCCCACCCAUAUCCUCUGCUUCUUCAUCUCAGCCCCAGUGUCAUGACCCAACUUGCAACCUCUAGUUUAAGUACAGACCAACUGAGAGCAGGGCCAGGGCCCCCAAGAGAGACUAACCUUUCUCUGGGGUCUGAUAUAGUCAGUGCCUGAGUUUGGGAUUCUCAGCACUCUCUCCUCUGCCAGCUGAGUCCCAUUCAAACACCACCUCCCCCGCAACACUGCCAACCAGCCCCACCCACAAGGUGGAAACAACCACUGGCAUCAAAGAGAAAAAAAAUCCUUUAAAGAAAAUGUACGAGCUUCACUCGGAAUAAGACCAUACCUUAGAACGUAGGACUGUGGUCUAGAGGAGAUGGAUGGCUCACCACAGCAGCAGAACCUGGGCUGUCCAGCCCCCCACCUCCCCACCGGCACCAGAACAAAGAGAAGGACCUUGGACAGUCUAGGCCCUCAAAUGUCCCCAUCAAGCUCCUUCUCUGGACAGUUGUAGCUUUCAGAUCUCUAUUUCAUUUUGUGGCUUAUCAUUUGGACCUGGCCAAACCUUACCAGCUACAAUGGCCUUGCCAUCUUGUGGCCAAAUGUGAAAUGACACCUUUUGAGCUAGGCACACUGCAGGAAGGUCAGUCAUGUGAGGCUCUCAGUGCUGGGAAGGAGCACCAAGGCAUCAGAAAGUGGUAAACCCUCAUCCACAAAGCCAAGGCCACAGCCUAAACCCAUAAGGGAAAAGAGGCCUGGCUGGAGGUGCUAAGGGAGCAGGGAGAGGAAGGGGAAGAGAGAUGGGGAUGGGAGGGCACCAACUCUAGUGUUCCUACUAGGUUCUCAGGCUAGAGGGAGGUGGGAUAGGCUUUACCAGGUAUCACCAACAGGUUGUCAAUUAAAGAUCUGAUUUAUUCAAGUAUCUGAAAA